AGGAAGGUGACCUUCACGUGGUUGGAUCUAAGACCGAUGACCUUUCCUACAAUCGUGUUUUUUGGUGAUUCUCUUACUCAGGUGACAGCGUUGAGAGUUAUGCGGUGGCCUUUUUAAGGUAUACUUAAGAUCGUGUUCGACUUUUCUGUGCUCCAUCAUUCCCAGCUAGUGCUAAUUUUGGGCGAACUUUGGGAACUAGGCUUGGCACUGAACAAACUUCUGGGGUACUUACUAAUUUUUAGACCAACCUUUUGGGUGGACUUACGAGGGUGGCUGGCUGUCGAUUCUGGCAUCGGUAUUCGUCAGGAGGAUGGACGUGAUUGGAAGAGGGUAUUCUGGUUACAACACGCGUAUGUGCAAACCCCUCCUUCCUCUUCUCUACCCAAAUAAAAAUUCAUUGAAGGACUGUGCCUUUUUUACUAUUUUUCUUGGAGCUAACGACACCUGUCUUAGUCAGCAACAACAUGUACCAGUUGAAGAGUAUAAAGGCAAUUUGCAAUGGAUGAUUGAAUAUCUUAAUCAACUGGAUAUGUCUUCGGACCGUAUUUUAUUAAUUAGUUUACCUCCUUUGGACGAGAAUAAAUGGGGUGCUACUGAAAUAGCUAGAGGACUGCCACUUACACGGAAACUCGUGAACUGUUCAACUUAUGCAACUGCUUGUCAAGAAGUUGCCAAAUGUAACAAAGUUAAUUUUAUAGAUCUAUAUCAAGCUAUGAUAUUGCAGGCGAAUUGGGAAUCAUUUCUUUCAGAUGGUCUACAUUUCUCUCGGAAAGGAUCUGAGUUAUUGGCGAAAAUUUUAGAAACAUUUUUAAUGGACAAACUGGGUCACUUAAAGUGGUGGUUUCCAGAUUGGAAAACUAUAGAUCCUAAUGCCCCAGAGACAUCUAUCAAGAAGUAUCAUGAAUCUCAAAUUUGAUUUUAUUUCCUGAGUUCCGUGAAUAACACAGACUUCCUCUA